AUGAUCAGCGCCAACGCUGGAUCAGUGGCUCACUGCCUGAUUUCCCCGCAAAUCUCCACCCAAGCCUUCUCAGGCUUGAAGCCUCCAGAUACGACCGAGACUACUAUGACAUUUACAGGAAAAUUUAAUCUAGAGGACCCCGCUUCACCCGGCUCGAGGGACUGGGCCGACAAACUGCUCACCCCAAAAGGAGGGUUUCUAUGGGUCCAACACAACGAGACGCUAGAAGUGACCUGGGCCGUCAGCAUGUAUCAUGGCCUGCACUGCAUAGAAACCAUCCGGUCCCGCAUGUUAGAAACUGCCCCGGGGCCCAGACUAUAUCAGUCGCAGAAUGCGGAGCUCUCCGACCAUGCAGCACACUGUCUGGAUUACCUCGCCCAGUCUCUGGUCUGUAGUGGGGACACGACGAUUGAGCCGCCCUUCUGGCGACGAGACGAGAAUGGAAAUAUUGUUGGGUACGGAGUGGAUGGAGAAGGAACUCAGCACCACUGCAAGGAUACUCGGCGCGUAAGAGACUUGAUCGAGUCCAGUGAGAGAGACCCAGUCUCACCGUGGGGCUGGAAGUUGGGUGACACAGUGGAGUCUGUGUUUGGCUUGUGA